UUUCUGAGAUAUGACACCCCCCUAACCUAAUCUAAUCUAACCGAUAAUUAACCAUUGUUCUGCCUACCCUUUACUCUGAUGAAGGCCCGGGCAGAGGAUAGGAGGUAGCUGACUUGGUCGCCUUCCAAAAUAAUUGCUUUACAAAAUCAAUAUUUCAACAACGAGUAAUUUUCGACGGAAGUUUAUUGAAGAAAAGUUGUUUAGAAUUGCAUAAAGUAGUGAAAGUAGCCAUGAAGUGCACCAUUCCAGAGAUCUCGUGGCAUAACAGAGACCCGGUGUUGUCCUUAGAUAUACAGCCCAACCCUCAGGAUGGCAUUUACCGUCUGGCUACAGCUGGGACAGAUACGCAUAUUGUGAUUUGGCAGUUGUGUGUGUUGGACAAUGGUGGAGUAAGUGUGGAAGCAUUGAGUGACCUUACACGACACAAUCGAGCAGUCAAUGCAGUCAGAUUUUCACCAGAUGGAGAGAUCUUGGCCUCAGCUGAUGAUGAGGCAGCUGUUAUCCUGUGGAAAAAGCAAGAUUCAUCUGGUAGUGUUGAUAUUUUUGUGGAUGAUUCAGAAAAGGAGAACAAGGAACACUGGACGAUCCUGAAGAUGUUGAGAGGCCAUUUAGAGGAUGUUUAUGAUAUCUGCUGGUCCAAAUGUUCACAGUUUCUCAUUACUGGAUCAGUAGAUAACUCAGCCAUUCUCUGGGAUGUAGGGAAAGGAAAAAAUAUUGGAUUGUUAAAUGACCAUAAAGGAUUUGUCCAAGGUGUAGCAUGGGACCCUCAGGGACAAUAUGUUGCGACUCUUUGUUCUGACAGGUAUUGCAGAGUAUAUAAUAUCAGUAACAAGAAAAUAGCACACAGAAUUCACAAAACUAAUAUACCAACAGUUGAUGCAGAAGACAUCUUGAGAGAAAGGCCCACCAGAUUAUUCUAUGAUGACACACUGAAGUCCUUCUGCCGCCGUCUCAGCUUUUCACCCGAUGGAGAAUUGUUAUUGACUCCUUCUGGUAUUGUAGAGGAAGAUAAUGGAAAAGUAACUAAUGUUACCUAUGUCUUCUCCCGCCAUGCACCUUCCAAACCAGUACUCUAUCUUCCCACAAAAGACAAAUACACAUUGGCAGUCAGAUUCUGUCCCAUACUAUUCGAGUUGAGGCCCAUACCACGUGAAGAAGAGGAUGACCAAAAAGAUGAGCCUCAAGAACCUUGGCAGGAGUACUUAAAUUUGUUUAAUUUGCCAUAUAGAAUGAUAUUUGCUGUUGCUACUCAAAAUGCUGUGCUUCUCUAUGAUACACAACAGCCAGUCCCCUUUGCGAAGGUCUCCAAUAUUCACUACACUCGCCUUAGUGAUGUAGCCUGGUCCUUCGAUGGUCGAAUCCUUGUCGUUUCCUCAACAGAUGGUUAUUGUUCCUUGGUGUCCUUUUCUGAAGGCGAAUUAGGGAUUCCAUACAGAAAAGGGAUAGAACAAAAUAUUACAAAGGAUGUAGACAGCACUGAGUUUGAUGUAAAAGAGACCAGGCCAGUUUUAUCCUCAGUGUGUGAAUCAGCAUCAGUGGAGGUUGAAAAUGAACAGUUGCCCAGUAGCCAGUUGACAAAAAAUAAAGCAGUAACAGUGAAAAGAACUGGAGAAAGCUCUAAACCUGGCAAGAGAAUAUCAUUGAUAACACUGUCUGGUCCAUCACUCAAGAGUGAUGAGAACACACUCACUCCUAAGCCAGAGUCUACACAGCUACCAAGUAACACCCAUUUACAGGGAGAAUUAAUGGAUGUAGAUGAAGCAGUAAAAAAGAAGUUUGAAGGGGAUACCCAAAGCCCAUCCAAAACCACAAGGGAUGGAUCUCCUGCCAAAACACCAUCUGGGGGAUCAAAGACACCUAGACGUGUGCCUCUCAUAACUCUGUCCAGUCCUAAGGGAAAGAAAAGUGCUGUGAGUGAUUUUAGAUGAAUAUGCUAACAUAGAUUAGUGCCUGGUCAAGCCAUAUGAGAAAUUUGUAAUUAAUUUAUUAAAUUAUUUUACUGUGUGUUUUGUAUGCACUAGAAUAAAGAGCUCCAAACAAAAAGCUCAUGUCAGUCCUGAUUCAUUUGUUCAUAAAUAAGUGAAACAAAGGUGAGUUUUUAUGGCUAGAUAAAAAAAAGAGAUACCUCAGAUUAGUUGGUAAGAAUUAUCUAGUGCGGUAAUUCUCAAAUUUUUUCCUAAGUUAUAUUGUAUAUACCGGAAGUUUUAUUGUCCAUGACAAUAUACAGAGAGAGAUUGCAUAACUGAAACCUUCACUACAUGAAACAUCUCUGCCAUAAGUGUGAUUUUAUGUGAAGAUGUCAGUACCUGUAUCUGAUGAGUGUCCGUAAGAAGCUUGAAUGAGGAUGAUAUUUGAAUGGUAGAGAAAACUUAUAGUUUUAAACUAACUAUGAAUAUUAUUUGACCAGAAAAAGUAAUGGCAGUUACAAAACAUAAAUUUCAACGAGAACAUGGAAAUAUGUAAGAAAUAUAAACUGAAAGCAGCCUGUUUGCUUUGUCUCUGAUGGCUUUGGUUUCAGUAUGUAGAGUUGAAUUUGUAAUAUUUAGGUUGUACGGAUAAUGGUUAAUGGUUGUGUGAAUUGGAAGGAGCAAACAUGGAAAACAGGUAUCAGCAGGUUACAGUACAAUUAAUAACUUUUUUUUCUCUCUAAAAAUAAUGAUUUAAUUCAUACGCUAAACCAUAUAAACAAUGAGUAACAGCCUCACUAAGUUUGACUUUGUAAGGCUAAAGACGAGUUGAAUCAAUCAAUAAUUUGAAUUAAUAGGAUAAAAUUUACCCUUAGAUUCCACCUAAUAAAGAAUGGUUUUGACACUGACCAAACAGUGUGUGAAGGACAGGUUAGUGAAAGGGAUAUAAUAUACUGAAUCUGUCCAAAGAUUCUCCAUUGUUGUUGGAAUAGUAAAAGGGUAACUACUCCUUUUAUUGGAGGACAGAAUUAUGGGAUGAGGCAAGGUCACAUUGCAUCUAUCUGCCAUUACACAUACCACAACCUUCUGCCCCACACAUUACAACCUUAUGUUGCCACCCAUGCUGCUACCUAUACUGCCAUGUACAUCACGACGCUACCUACACUGCCAUGUAUAUCAUGAUGCUACCAAUACCUGAAUGUACAUGAUGACGCUGCCAACACUGCCAUGUACAUCACAAUAUCUUGCUGAUACCUACACUGCCAUGCACAUCACAACAUUAUGAUUUUACCAAGGAUGAUGAUGAGCUGUGACUGUGCUACCAGAGUAGAUAUAACAUUACCUGCUUUCAUUUGGAGUUGUGCUUACUGGGGAGAAUAUGAACAUAUCAACUGUUAAGAUGAUGCUGAAUUUAUUGCAUCAUUAAGAUUGCAGACCAUGACCAAAUUUCUUAAAAAAUUAGAGUGCCAAAAGUGUUUUGGAUUUUACAGUUCAGGAGCAAAAUAGUUUUUUUGCAAUAAGGUUAAUGACCACAUAUAUCAGUCUUAAUUUUUACAGCAGCUAUCAAGACCCUUUGUCGUGAUUUGCUCAGCAUUACAUGGGGGUAAAGUGCCACCCCGGGCAAAAUGCGUUUUUUUAUGGAUAUCACUAUUUUCACCCUUCCUCUACAUGUUGGCGUUGUAUGUAACCCCUUAGGUAGACUAGAAAUAUGGUUGAAAGUCCUUCAAAAAUAGAGUGUCAUUUUGCCUCAGGCCGGGAGCUACGUAUCUGGCUGUGUUCUCAGUAAGUAAAGGUGGUCACAUCCCGUUCAGAAUGAGAGGAGCGAUUUUUAGAGAGGGCAGAGAAAACUACGAUCGUCAGGGAUAAUAAAACGAAGGAACUAAACAAAGUAAAAUUGUAAUACUAUUAUCAUAAUACUGUUUUUACCCAAGAUUAUGCAAACUUUCUCCACCUCUGUAUUCGCAUGUUAAUUACGGUGGGGGGGGGGGGGUGUUGUUUCCUUAUUAUUACACUAUUAUACGUACUAAACAAUAUUAUAGAUCUUUUGCUAAUAAUAGGGACGGAAAGAUAAAUACUGAUAGGCAAGUGAUUUUUUUUUAUUAUUUAAUUUUUUGGGGGGUAGCUUGGUGUAAGACGAGUGUUUUUUUUUGUGAUCCUUAACUUGUUUUACAGUAUUAGCCCACAAUAAUAAGAAAAUUUUGCAGAAAAAUGCUAUUAUUGUUGGUUUGAAGAUCAAACAACCAUACAUGACAGGUAGUUAUUCUCAUUCAACUCGCGAUAAAAUAGUAACUAUUCACAGUACUAACUUCCAGUUUUCACUGUUCGCUAGGAGAGGGAUCGAGCUGCACGAUAAAAAAAAAUGAACCCUCUAGCUUAAAAAAGAACAAAGUUAGUUAGGGUUGUUUGAACUUCGAAAAACUUUAAACGCGUUUUUCUCCGCUUUUUAAAUUUGGCGCUUCACCCCCUUGUAAUGCGGAGCGCCUCAAUUGAUAGAAUGUUGCUUGGCAUUUUGAAUUUGUAAAAUUUUUUGAAUCGUAUGAGACACUUGGUGGAACACCGAUAUAUGCAAAAAACUCAAGUAUUGAGAUAAUCAAGGUUAAAGUUAGUGUACAUUGUUUUGACUGCGUAGUCAUUAGGUUGAGUUUACUUUAGAGGGUCACUUUAGAGCAUACAGUAAAUGAUGAAUAAUCAAUCAUACAAAUGUUAUGUAAUAAUCACCAGCCCAGAACAGGUGUACACGUAUGCAUGGAUGAUAAACACUAUUAGACAGAAAAUAAUAGAGAAUCAUUCACGUGGCAUCCGAUAAUAGCAGGGGUCUAGCAGAUGCUAUAGUUCCCGCCUCCCAAGGUUGCUCAUACACCCUCACAUUUUUUGGGCCUCCCAUUGGCUGAGUGAGCGAUGUCAUGUUUUCGCGGUCCUCUGAUUAGUCAUGCUCUAUGGUGUAUACGUUGGUGCUCCACCGGCCUUGUGACCUACACAUCCCACAUGGAGACUGUGUAACUGGCUAAAAUUUCUUUGUUUUAUAACUAAAUUUUGUCCAUCCCCCAAAGACAUAUUUCAUUUCCCAGUCCAGCUCACAUUACAAAUAUUCACCAGGACAACACGUUGGGACAAGAAUCUCAUUUCUUUCUAAUUGGUUGAUGCGUCGAUGUUCCACUGAUUAACGUGGUUUUACUGUAUGUGCCUCUUGGUGCUCAUCUGAUGGCUUCUUAUUAUGUUACCUUUUAUUUAGGGUGUGGCCUUUUAUAUUGAAAAUCAAAUAGUUUUAUUUAGCCAAAUUAUUUAAGUCUGUAGGUGAUAAAUAUGAAAAUACCGGGUAUGUAUAUAUUGUUCAACUACAUGAUGUUCUUACGAACAUGAAAUAGGGGGAUAUCUUGGAACUUUCCUCUUUCCUUAUAAUUAGAUCUUGCUCAUCUAUAUUUAAAGAAGAAGUACUGUACCUUUGUAUAAACAAGUUUCAUUGGAAUGGGAUUUCCAAAAGCACAUAUAUACAAGUUCUUCCACUUUUGAGAUAAAUUGUUAGUGCUCUUGUUUGAAAGUGGUGUCAUCACUUAAAUUUUAUUAAAUACAGUACAGUAUUUCCAUAAUUUAUGACUUCUUAGGUUUAGUAUCACAUUUGGCUCGACAGGAUUUUUGUAUGUAUACAGUACACUGUGUCUCAUUUACAGUACAUCUUUCUUUAUUAUUCUGGCUUUUUAAGUGUAUUACUGUUUUCAUUUUUACAUUGAUUACUUAGCCCUUUAACAAUUCCUUCAGUUCAAUCAUGUUAGCUCUUAUACUUUCAGUGGCUAUGCAGAGCUAGUUCAUCUGUUUUUGAAGAAGACAAAGAAAAAUUAUUAUCCUCAUUGUCAAAUACUUUUAAUUUUUGCACUUAGCUUAUCCUGAAGUGCUCUGAUUUUAUUCUUGCCGGUAUUCAAAAUUCACUUUAUUAAAAAAAAAAAAAAAAUCAGCACUUAUUGCCCCAUCAUAAAUAGAUCACCUCAAAGUUACAUCCUCUUUGCAUGCUAACUUUAUGAUCUAUGUUUUGUUUAAUAUCCUUAUUCAUGACUUCAUCUACACUCCUGACUACAGUACAGUACGGUAUAUGCCUAACCUGGAAAAUUACUCAUUUACCGUAAACUUUACCUUACAUUGAGUGGCACUGUACCCUCAAUCUUCCUACAAUACACUUUAUAGCUUUUACAGUAAAGCUUGUUUUCUCUGAACUGAACUUAAUGCAUUUCAUGGGUGGUGAAAUAAAAUUGUGAGAAUAUCAGUAAUAUCUUAUUUAGAUCCCUGUAAACAAAACAAGAUCAUUAUCCAUGGCACAACCUGUGCAACAAAUUUCAAAUAUUUUUUAUUAAUAUUUAGCUUUAGUAGGUAGAGAAAUUAUAUCUUUAUAAUUUAAAUGCUGUAGGGUAUUAAUUUCUUUUGUUUAUUGUAUUAUUGAAAGUAUUUAUAUGGCUCAUAAGUGUCACACUAUAUGAAAUUUUAAAUAAAGCACUCCUGAUUACA